UAUGAAUACUAUAGAAGUUGCCCAGGACAGAAGUCGCCCAGAACUAAGGCAGAAGUCGCCCAGAGCAAAGGUAGAAGUUGCCCCAGUGAGUGCUAGAAGAAAGAAUGUUAUGAAAAUCCCUGUACUCUGCUAUGGAUGCUAUGGAUUAUGUUCUAUAUGCUCAUCUAUUACUAAUCAAACAUUGAGAAUUUGUUUGAGAAGGUGUGAUGAGCAUUCUAAAACUCAAGAUAUGGUUGAAGAGUCAACUGUUGAAGAAAAUGACAAAGAGCCUCUAAAUAAUAUCACCAACAAAUCCAAUGAAGUAGAAAAUUUCAAAAUGUCUUCCAUGGAUAUUGAUCAUGAAGAGGAAGUUGUUACUCACAUUCUAGUUGGCAAUAUUGAAUCAGAUGAGUUGCUGUCAAAGAAUAAUGAAAUAUCAGAAAUCAACCAAGCUCCAAAUCUAAAUCUCAUAACAGAAACUAUGAAUGAAGAUUCAUUUGAAAGCAUAGCAGAAGAAAACUAUGAGGGAGAUGAUGACUUUUUAAGAAAAGAUAUUCUUGAAAAUGGUGAAAGGAUUAUUAUCUUCUCCACAUCAAAACAACUUGAUCUGCUUUUAUCAUCCAAAAUUUGGUAUAUGAAUGGAACUUUUAAAAUUGUAAAACAUCCUUUCAAACAAUUAUUUUCUUUGCAUUCAUUUUUGAAAAAAGAAGGAGAAAUGAAACAGGUCCCCUUAAUGUUUGCAUUUAUGACAUCAAAGAAGAAGAAAGCUUACAAUAUACUAUUUAAGGCAAUAAAUGAACUUUUGGAAUUCAAAACACCAAAGAAAAUUGUGAUGGAUUUUGAAAGAGCUAUCUGGAAAGCUGUUUUAAACAAUUGGGAAAAUGUUACACUAACUGGUUGUUUGUUUCAUUGGAAUCAAGCUGUUUAUAGAAAAAUACAGGAACUUGGAUAUUCAUCAGAUUUCAAUAGAAAAAGGGCAGAAUGGUUUGAAAUGAGACAGAUUAUGGCAUUACCAUUUCUUCCAUCUCACAUAACUCCAAUAGAAUUUGGAAGAAUAAAAGAUUACCUUCAAUCCAUUAAUAAACUUGGUGACUUAAUAAAGUACUUUGAGAGAACUUGGAUUAUAGAUAAUAUUUGGUCACCAAAGCAGUGGUCAGUGUAUCAAAAUGCAAUUAGAACUAAUAAUGAUGUGGAGGGAUUCCAUAAUCGAUUAAAUGGAAACUUAAGAGCAAAUUCAUCAUUCUAUUCAGUAAUAGACGAAUUAAAAAGAGAAGCAGAUCUUAUUCCAGCUUAUCAGAGAAUGCUAUCUGAGAAAAAGAUAUUGAGGUACCAGAGAAAGCAUUACAAAAAUAUGCAAAGUGAGAUAUUUAAAAUUUGGCAGAGAUUUGACAAUCAUCAGCUGACUUCAUCAGAAGUUUUGGAAAAAUGUUCUAUACUUUAUUCAGAAAUUAAAUGA